AUGAAGGGAUCCCACCUGCUCCUCUGCCUCCUCUCCAUCUCCUGCUCUGUGGGUUGGGUGCUGGCAGCUGGGAGCAGAAUCUUCCACUUUGGACCCUGCAGAGUUCCAAUGACCAUGACUGAGAUCAGGGCUGGUUUCACUGCAAUUAAAGCCAAGAUUCAAGCCAGGGAUCCCAUCAGGACCUUGAGCAUCUUGUCUCAUCCACACUCCCUGCACAAGGUCAAGUCUUCAGACAGAUGCUGCAUGACCCAUCACCUCUUCAACUUCUAUGUGGACAAGGUUUUCAGGCACUGCAAGACAGAGGAUUCAUACGUCAACAGAAAAAUCAGCAGCAUAGCCAACUCCUUCCUGAGUGUGAGGAGGAAACUCGAGCAGUGUCGUGAGCAGAAUAAGUGCACGUGUGGGCAGGAAUCCACGGAGAAAUUCAACCAAGUCCUAGCAAACUACGAAGGGCUGAAUGUCACGGCUGCAGCUAUGAAAUCCCUGGGCGAGCUGGACAUCCUGCUGGACUGGAUGGAGAAAUCUCCUUAG